AUGGGAGAUUCCGGCAUACCCAGCGAUACUCCCCACCCACUCCCCACCCACUCCCCACCCACUACCCAGCGUCACUCCCCACCCACUCCCCACCCACUACCCAGCGUCACUCCCCACCCCUCCCCACCCACUCCCCACCCACUACCCAGCGUCACUCCCCACCCACUCCCCACCCACUACCCACCGUCACUCCCCACCCACUACCCAGCGUCACUCCCCACCCACUACCCAGCGACACUCCCCACCCACUCCCCACCCACUACCCAGCGACGACACUCCCCACCCACCCCCACCCACUACCCAGCGUCACUCUCCACCCACUACCCACCGUCACUCCCCACCCACUACCCACCGUCACUCCCCACCCACUACCCACCGUCACUCCCCACCCACUACCCACCGUCACUCCCCACCCACUACCCAGUGUCACUCCCCACCCACUACCCACCGUCACUCCCCACCCACUACCCACCAUCACUCCCCACCCACCAUCACUCCCCAUCCACUACCCACCAUCACUCCCUACCCACUACCCACCAUCACCUCCUAUCCACUACCCAGAAUCACUCCCCACCCACUACCCAGCGUCACGCCCUACCCACUACCCAGCGACACUCCCCACCCACUACCCAGCGACACUCCCCACCCACUACCCAGCGUCUCUCCCUACCCACUACCCAGCGUCACUCCCCACCCACUACCCACCGUCACUCCCCACCCACUACCCACCGUCACCUCCCACCCACUACCCAGCAUCACUCCCCGCCCACUACCCACCGUCACUCCCCACCCACUACCCAGCAUCACUCCCCACCCACUACCCACCAUCACUCCCCACCCACUACCCACCGUCACUCCCCACCCACUACCCACCGUCACUCCCCACCCACUACCCACCGUCACUCCCUACCCACUACCCAGCGUCACUCCCUACCCACUACCCACCAUCGCUCCCCACCCACUACCCAGCAUCACUCCCCACCCACUACCCACCAUCGCUCCCCACCCACCACCCACCAUCGCUCCCCACCCACCGUCACUCCCCACCCACUACCCAGCGACACUCCCCACCCACUACCCACCAUCACUCCCCACCCACCAUCACUCCCCAUCCACUACCCACCAUCACUCCCUACCCACUACCCACCAUCACCUCCUAUCCACUACCCAGAAUCACUCCCCACCCACUACCCAGCGUCACUCCCUACCCACUACCCAGCGACACUCCCCACCCACUACCCAGCGACACUCCCCACCCACUACCCAGCGUCACUCCCUACCCACUACCCACCGUCACUCCCCACCCACUACCCACCGUCACUCCCCACCCACUACCCACCGUCACUCCCCACCCACUACCCAGCAUCACUCCCCGCCCACUACCCACCGUCACUCCCCACCCACUACCCAGCAUCACUCCCCACCCACUACCCACCAUCACUCCCCACCCACUACCCACCGUCACUCCCCACCCACUACCCACCGUCACUCCCCACCCACUACCCACCGUCACUCCCUACCCACUACCCAGCGUCACUCCCUACCCACUACCCACCAUCGCUCCCCACCCACUACCCAGCAUCACUCCCCACCCACUACCCACCAUCGCUCCCCACCCACCACCCACCAUCGCUCCCCACCCACCGUCACUCCCCACCCACUACCCAGCGACACUCCCCACCCACUACCCACCAUCGCUCCCCACCCACUACCCACCGUCACUCCCCACCCACUACCCAGCGUCACUCCCUACCCACUACCCAGCGUCACUCCCCACCCACUACCCAGCGACAGUCCCCACCCACUACCCACCGUCACUCCGGCCAUUGA